AUUCAACGCUUAAUGGUCAAGGGGGGCCGCCUUAACCAUUCAAACAUACCAGACACAUUAUCGCAAUUUGCUAUAUCCGACCAAAAGACGUAACUCUUGACUUUUGAGAGAUUAUCUCGUUCAUUCAUUCAUUAAUUUCUCCUCCUCCAUCAAUCAUUAAAGUUUAUCGGAGUUUGAUAGCGUUCGAAUUGGAAUUUAUUCAUGUCGUUCGGUUCGUCGUAAUAGCGUAUGAUAUCUUCAUUUUCCGAAUCUGAGAGAUCUCGAGGUCUUUCACCCGGCGGGAGCUAUUGGCUGGAGUAGCCAUGAUACCACAAGUAGCACCUGUCCCAAGAAGUUUGGAUUCCUUGCCUACAAGACCACCGACGCCACCUCGAGAUAAGAAGCAAGACACGGAUCUGUCCACGAAGCUUGUCCUCUCUAAUCAACCCGUCGAUACCAGAUUAAACAUCCAUACUCCUCCCAGCUAUUCUCCCGAUCCCACCAACACUACCGUCACCAGCUCUCGGAGAUCCUCGAAGAAGGUUGGAUUCUCGGCGCAAGCCGAGUAUCGGGAACCUCCCACGUACGCUGACAAGGAAAAUGUUCGAAAGCAGACCACGCCGGCCUCUGUCCCUUCGUCGGCAGCUUCCAUCAAACCGAUCAAAUCCAUCUUGAAGCAAACUUCGAGUCCGAGCCACCUCCACACCCUAGACCCAUUAAUCAACGGCAACCAAAUUAACAUCGUCACCAUGUUGGAUUCAACCAUCAGACAACUCGCCGGAGCAGACAGGGACUCCAAGAUAGAUGCGUACAUGAUGCUAGCGAGAGCGCUGAAAACAUCCAAUAACCUACCCGACCGUAUCGCCCUCCAAGAUAAGAUGAGCUUGUUCGUGCAAUUCAUACAGCGAGACGUUACGGCAAGGGUUCCCAACGAAAAUAUCGACUCAUCCAUGGUGAACCACGCUCUUACUCUGCUCUGUACCUUCUUUCACUUCCCCGCUAUCGCCUCUACCUUGUCGUACGACUUUGGCGUCUUCAUCAUCGACCACUGUAUCAGGUCUUUCGAGGACGCUUCCAUUCCCAAGGACGUCGUGAGGCAUCUGAUGCAGGUCGUGGCCUCUCAGGACUUCUCGGCGAAGGUCAUGACGGCGGACCGCGUUGGUCGGCUAGUGGCCUCGCUCCACAAGAUGGAAGGCCACAUCAAGGGAAAAAGCAUCAUCAUGUCGCGUAUACUGAUAUAUCGAAGACUACUCAAGCAGUCGAGGUCUCACAUGAUCGUCCACUCAGACUGGCUUCUGGAUCUGUUUACCGAUAUGCUUAGUAGCAUGAAGGAGAUCCGCGCUGCGGCUGCCGCGCUGGGACUCGAGGCUAGCUUUACAGUCGGCAAGGAGAAGCAGCUGCACAGAAAAAUCACGGAGAUACUACAAUUGCAAGUCGACGAAACCAGAUACAUCGAAUACUAUACGGAUAGGUUGAUGAAAAUGACCAAGGACAAGACCGAGUCCUCCUCCGUCCCUCAAGUCUGGAGCGUUGUCAUCCUCCUUCUCAGGUGUCCAGUUGAUAGGUGGGAGUUUUUCGGACCGUGGCUAGAGAUUAUCCAGCGGUGUUUCAACAGCGGAGACUACCAUACUAGACUUGAAGCCAACUACGCUUGGAACAGGCUCGUCUACGCCCUACAUCUCAACGAGGCCUCGUUCUCAAAAACCAUCGUUACGAUCCGCCAACCUUUUAUCAGUCAACUAAAGAGGAAGGGCAGCAGCAAACAAUCAGAUGAACUACGGAAAGUUGUUACAGGAAGCGUCUGCAACCUUUAUUACUACGCUUUCAAACCGAACUUGAAUACGGCACAAGUCGACAAUUACUGGGAUGCAUGCGUAAAGCCUCUCAUUCAGCAAAUGGCCUUCCCCGAGACGGAUGUCAAACAAAGCGAAAAGCUUGUGACUAUACCCUCCGACAACUUAACCCAGGCAAUUUUAAUAUUGACUGGGUUAUUCAACUCCUCGACGCCUCGAAUAUGGAAGGAGGAUCACGUCGCCGAGAAUCCGUUGGCGAAAUGGGACGAGCUACCUGCGCUGGAUCCGAAAUGGGUCAGACGUAACGUGGGGAGGGUGUUUUACGCCGUGGAGCCUAUCUUACAAAAGAUGUUUCUAGAUCUUGGGAAUCCAGAAUCCAUCUCGUAUAAACUCUGGCGUACCCUCAUAAGCGCCGUGGCGACUGCCGCGUCCAAGGAGGUCAAAGUAUCCACCGACACGGCGACUUUCAUGGCAUAUGCUUUUAGCAUGCUAGCGAGGAUAUGGUCUCGGGGACUCACGGAUUCGGACGUCGAGCCCGAGUCUCAGCAGAGAUUCCUAGACGCGACGCAAGCAUACCUCUGGACCAUAAUAGAGUCUUUGGGUCUGCUACCCUUCACCGAGAAACUUUUUUCCCUAAAUAAGCAAAAUUCAUUCGUUCCAGUGGCGACUCCUUCGCAUCGUUCGGGAAGGGGCCAGGGCUCAACACGAACUCCCCUUCAUCACCUAUUUUCCAUCCUUUCCACGCUACCUCCCGGGAUCCCGGACGACGAUGGCUUACUAAACCUGAUCAGGGUUGUCUUGGAUCCAUUCAUCAUCUCUCGAUCCUCCUCUCAUGGGAAAAUCGAACUAGCUCGCGAGUUUUUACAGAUGUUACCUACGGACGUCCUCUCACCAUAUGGACCGUGGGUUUUCAUAUCCGAUAUCCUCUCCCUCUCUUUGGACAAUAGUCAGUCUAGCCAUUUCAGCACCAGCUCCGGAAGCGAUCCAGUCCCUAUCGGCCACGAGUAUCGCGAGAUCGUAAAACACUUGGAAAGAGGCAUCAAGUCCACACCUAAUCUACCAUGGGAACAGUGGGAACCUCUCUUCGAAAUGCUGUCGACUCGAGUCAAUUCCGAAGCUGGAAGCUCAGGGUUAGCUAUCGUGGUGAUAGAGCCAUUGGCUAAGCACUUCAUGGACUUCUACUCUUCGGCUAGCAACAAUGUCAUAUCAUCUGUUCAUUUCGAGGCUAGUAUCGGUCUGAUCUCAUGCGCGACACAUCCCAAGGACCGCCAAGCCCUGGACGGCGCUCGACGGCGUCUGUGGGGUACUUCAAUUGCCGGCCCGAGAUCUGCUUCUUUCGACCCCUUCGACAACCUUUACCGCCUCAUAAAUCACCUCCUAGAAGCCUCCUAUUUACACAUCGACCAAUAUAGUACUGACGAGAUAAUUGUGCAUUUACUUAGCGAGAUUGGUAGCUUUUUAAUGCGGUGCAAUCGCUCGUUGGUGUUCAAAUCCAUAUCCAACCUACAACAUGGCAUCGGCCUUUGGAUCCAAGACGCGAGUGCUCAAUAUAGCAGUGCAGAAUCCACGACAGCGUCCCAAGCCGUUGAAGCUCUCUGGGAUCAGAUCUGUGGCCUAUUUCUAGAUACAGAUUCUCGAGAUAACCUACAGCUUGACGCUAUCGAAGAACUACUAUGCUCGGCGUUCCAAAGCAAGCAUAGGAAUAUUGUUAAUAAUACUGCGGUCAUGUGGAAUUGUGCUCUCGAGGAUGUCGCCGAGAUUCAAUAUCCAGAGAAGCUGAAGACUGUGCUCAUUUCUGCUCAUUCUUAUGUUGAUAUAGUGCUCCCCGGCGUAGACCUCUCCAGCUACGAGUCUAGUGGACAGCAGCCAUCAUUCGUAGAAUCGCAGGAUAACACACAGGUUACGAAUGUAUCUCUCGACGAACAGAGUCGCCACGAAACGCCUCGAGCGCAACGGCGAUCUGCUAGGCAGUCCGCAACGCCCGGAUCCGUCCAGCUUUCGUUGCCUUCUAAAAAGGGGCUCGUUACCACCCCCAGUUUACCUCGACCAAGGUCAGCUAGGCGUAACGCGACUCCCAAACUGCGACACGACGAUUCUCAAAUUCAAUUUGCGCCUAUCGAAUCAUCCUCCCCCAGCCAUAACGCAAUGGAAUCUCAGUACUUGACAGAUCGUCAGAAAGAAGUCCGGGAAAGACAGCGAGAAAAUGCCGCCAUAUUUUCGCAUAUUCGAGCUAGCACAGACAACCAGACCUCGAACCCAGCAAAAUAUCCCGAACAAGCGCGAGAUGCAACACCGCAACGCAAACAAGGUAUUGAGGAUUAUAUGACAUCCACACCGACGCCUAGGCGCGGCCAAGCCCCCAUGAUUGACUUUGAUCAAGAGAUGACGGAUGACGUUCCUUCAUCGCCGCCUGAGCCACGUCGGAACUUGCUCGCAGAGAUGAAGCCACGGACUAGAAGCAGCAGCAUGCUUCAAGAAUUCCCUAUCCUGUCAUCUCCAGUCUCGGGGUCUCCUGCUAGGAAGCAACAAACGGUUCCCGCAGACGAAAACCAUUCGGAUCGAGAAGAUGUAGGAAACGGUGAAGAAGCAUCAGUGGCCGUGCAUCAGGAGAACGAAGAUGAAGAUGCAACAACACAGCCAGAUCCUUCGUCUACAAACGUGGAGAAUAAGAAGUCUAGUAAGGUUAAUACCCCUAAAAGGCCAACUACUCCACGGAGAACGCGUUCGGGCAAAGUUCUGGAGUCCUCACCUCGGACCGACCCCGAGCUCUUCAUGGAUGCCCCCACCAACCCGGCACCUGGAUCGCCACGAGCCCUCCGCAGUAACGCAGCAAAGGAUGUACAGGCCGCGCAAGAGCCUCUGUCUUCCCAGUCUAAGGACCGCUCUUUCGAGCUCAGCGACGACGAAGAACGGAGCCUGGCACGUCUAGUUAUCGAACUAGAUUCUAGGAAAUGCGAGCCAGCACCCAAGUACGGUUCAGAGUCACCAGAAAAGGCCCAAGUUAUAGGGGCUCAGCCUUCGGAGAGUAUCGCGGUAAGCACAGGAUCGAAGAAAUCACGCGGCAAAUCAAAAUCCAAGAAAGAUGAGAACAGCCUGCCGUCGCCGCCUAUUAUUCCUUCGUCCUCGGCGGAGGCAGAAAGCUCUCAUUCACCAAGUAAGAAGUCGAAAAAGAAGAGGAAGCGAUAUGCGGACAAGAACCAAGAACAUGGCAACAGUCAAAAGAAACGACGUCAUCAUAAGGAUGCUGAUGUCGAAUCGGUGCCUGAUAGCCAGGUUUCCCAGCAUGCCGAAGAGGUUACGACUGAAGAGGCUACAACCGAAAUUAACACGGAAAUGAAUACCGAAAUUGAUGCUUCGAUGGAGUUGGACACUAUCCCUUUUGACUCCCCACACGAUUUAGCGAAACAAGAAAAUGCAGUCGCGGACCGUGGUCAGCAGAGCUCAUCGCCUGUGGGUUUCGAUGAUAGUCUUGUCGAGCGCGAGUCUGAUACGGAAGCGGUUACUUUGCAGAUAAUUACAGAAGCAUCUCAACAGUCAGAAGUGGAACCUAUUCCUACCAAAUUACCAGAGGAUGGUAUUCCCCCUGUAGAUGAAGAUAGUAAGAUGGUGGAUCAAGCGGAGGAGACAAUGUUGGAGAAGACCGUCGAGGCUGAGGUUGAGAUAGAGCAGCCUCGUCUUGUCGAAGAAGCCGUUGUUAAAAAAUCAGCAGCAGAAAGGAUUAUAGAUGCUCUGAAUGGUGGCCUCGAGGGUCUCCGCACAGCGACGCUGACCCGAGACGAGGUGAACAGGAUUGAGGAUAUAUUCUUCGACAUCAAAAAAGAAUUAUACCUGGCGGAAAGUCGGAGCCGACGCUAGGUUUUUUUGUUCUUUUUCUUUUAUUAAGGGGAAGAUAUGUGUAAAGGUUAAUGGCGGAUGACGAUAAACAUAUUUUAAGGGUACUACCACGCUGUAGAGUUAUGAAAAUGGGCAUUGAUAAGGCGUUUAGGAGGCAGAUGAAAGCUAUGAUACCUUAGGUAAUCUAUACGAAUGGAAUAUUUAUAAGUUAGGUGCCUAAUGCAUUUUGGCAGUUGAUCCGCUUCCAUCUGUUGUGCAUGUGUUGUAAAAGUUACAU